AUGGCCACACAUCACGUUCGUCACCCGUCUCAUCAAUCCAAAAAGUCGCAGCCAGCGCACGCACGGCCCUCUAGGCCUCUGUCAAAGCGGACCCAGUCCCACGGCACCAAAGCCGCCUCCAAAGCCGUUCAUUACAAAGAGACUGCAUCCGACGAGGACGAGGACUCAAUGGCCGACACCGAGAAGAGCCUUACCUAUUCAUACGAUCAUUACUCACCGCCAACUACGCCAUUUGCCAACUUCACGUUCGACGAGUUUGCCUUUCGCGACAUUGUACCUCAGCGCUCCCCCACUCAGCCUGAGUCAAAACGCUCGUCAUGUGCCUUCUCCGACAUCUCGUCAGACGAUAACAGCGUCGACCGGUGUCAGCGUUUCGACUCGGAGGCAUCAAAAUAUCUCCGCAAAUUCCAAUCGCCUGCCUACUUCCCCGAUACCGUUCGACCGCGCUACAGCCGUAGCUCUACUUCACAAAUCAGCUUUAGCGCCGCCCCCUCGCUGUCACACACCCCAGCCUCGUCAGUGAGCUACUCGCUGCCAUACACGCCCGCCACUACGCGACCUCUUCCACCCAGGACUAAGCCGUCGCAUAGUGGGUCUUACGGAGCCAAAUCAAUUGACCUCGUUACCCCAGUGACGGCUCCAUCGAGUCCAAAGUCCUAUUCGCACAAAUCGGCGGCUUCCAUAUCAAGGACGUCUGCUAGUACAAUUGAAGGCGAGAUCUUCUACGCCAAGUCACCAGUUCCUGAGCCAUCAUUCGCUAGUGGCAGUCUUGGUCGAUUACUUGCUUCAACACCUCGUUAA